CUGUGCAGUGCACGCUGACACGGUAGCCAGGGGUAUGGUGUUUCCACAGACACAUUGGUGCGGCUGGCUUCCGGUUUAAUUGAGCAUUGUGUCAAGAAGCAGUAAGGCUUGGUUGGGUUGUGUUUCGGAGGACGCACGGCUCUCGACCUUCGCCUCUCCUGUACGGGAGUUGCAGUGAUGAGACAAAACUGUAACUACCAAUUGAAUACCACAAAAUUGGGGAGAAAAAAAGUGGAAAGAAAAAAGAACUGCAAACCUGCUGGGUGUUUCACACCCCUGUGUUUCAAGAAUGGUCCGCAACCCAAAGGACAUCCAGCCAACUUGACACAACUGUGGGAAGCAUUGGAGUCAACAUGUGCCAGUAUCCCUGUGGAACGCUUUCGUCACCUUGCAGUCCAUGCCACAACAAAUUGAGGCUGUUCUAAGGUCAACGUGGGUGCAACUCAAUAUUAGGGAGGUGUUUUGUACAGUCAGUGUAUGCCUGAUAGCAACUUACUUCCAAAUGUCUGAUUGUCUUAGGGAUGAGGACGAGACAAUUUACAGCUCAGAUGAAGCGUCAGACAAAUUUGCUGUAAAGGACGAUACACAGAGGAGCUGAGCCUUGAACCAUGAGUCAGUUGUUUCUAUGAGCACUGAAAGGCCAUUUUGGAGGAAUCAUUUUUCCAGAGAUUUCAAGGAUGCUUUCCAGCUGUUUGACAGGACACCACUCAAUGAGAUGAAAAUCACAUACGGACAGUGUGGCGAUGUGAUCAGGGCACUGGGGCAGAACCCUACCAACGCUGAAAUCACAUACAUCCUUGGAAAGCCCAAGGCUGAGGAGAUGGCGACAAAGAUGCUGGACUUCGACAGCUUCCUGCCAAUCCACCAACACAUCAGCAAAGCCAAGGACCGCGGCACAUAUGAGGAUUUUGUUGAGGGUCUGAGGGUAUUCGACAAACUGGGCGAUGGCCCAGUCAUGGGCGCUGAGCUCAGGCACGUUCUGGCUUCACUAGGACAAUGACCCAACACACCUCCAGGCUGUAUAAGGAGUAUUUUACCAAGAAGGAGAGUGAUGGAGUGCUGCAUCAGAUGACCUGGCCUCCAAAAUCCCUGACCUCAACCAAACUGAGGAGGUUUAGAAUAAGUCGACCGCAGAGUGAAGGAAAAGCAGGCAACAAGUGCUCAGCAUAUGUGGGAACUCCUUCAAGACUGUUGGAAAAGCAUUCCAGGUGAAGCUGGUUGAGAGAUUGCCAAGAGUGUGGAAAGCUGUCAUCAACGCAAAGGGUGGCUAUUUGAAGAAUCUCAAAUAUAAAAUGUAUUUGUUUAACACUUUUUUUGGUUACUACAUGAUUCCAUAUGUGUGUUUUCAUAGUUUGGUGUCUUUCACUAUUAUUCUACAAUGUAGAAAAUAGUAAAAAUAAAGAAAAACCAUUGGAUGAGUAGAUGUUCUAAGACUUUGGACCAGUAGUAUAUGUCAAUACAAAAAAGCACUCCAAGACCUAAAUUGUAUUUUUGGAGAUUGUUUGCUACUUACCAUUUCUCACAAAGGAUGUUGAUAAAUGACCCCAAACAAUGAAUAUCUUAGAUACACAUUCAUAGCUAGUAAAGUUAGAACCCCAUCCUAUGAGACUACUUCCUCACUAGGCUCCUUCUAUCAGAUCAACUAGGACUACAAUAUUGGAAAAUAUCACCUAUUGGUCAGAUAUUUUAUAGUGUGUCCACAUAAUCAGAUUGCCACUCAAGGAGUGCUAGCAAUAGGUAUUUGUUUCAGAGUGAAAAUGUGAUAAAUAAAAUAAAAAUGCAGAUUUCUUAAAACUGGGCUUGACUCCAGCAGGUUGAUGAUAGAAAGGGGUUUAUUGCUUAGGGUUUUGUGGCCAAA